UCCAAUGACUAAUAUUAAUAUUAUUAUUGUUCUCGUACUACCUUUUCUCUCACUGCAAUGGCUGCUCAUUUCUGGCUCACCCACGCCGACUACAAAUCAGAUCCCCAAGCAUUAUGUGAUAUAUAUGGGAGCACAAAAAGCAUCAUCAAAUGUAACCAAAAAAGAUGUUAAAGUUGCUGAUGAAUUAGCUCACUUGCAGUUACUCUCCUCCAUCAUCCCAAGGGAAGAGAAGGAAAGAAUAUCUCUAAUCCACCAUUAUCACCAUGCAAUUAGAGGAUUCUCUGCUAUGCUUACAGAUAAUGAAGUUUCCCUUUUAUUAGGUCAUAAUAGUGAAGUGGUAUCGGUUAUUGAGGAUAAAAUAGUUGAACCACAAACUACUCGUUCAUGGGAUUUUUUAGAAGCGGGAAUGCAAUCAAAAUGGGGUUUGGAUAAGCCACUCACCAAUAACACCAUUAUUGGUGUAAUAGACUCAGGGAUCUGGCCGGAGGCUAAAAGUUUCAACGAUAAAGGAAUAGGGCCAAUACCUUCAAAAUGGAAGGGAAUUUGUGAGAGUGCAUCAGACUUCAAUCCCUCCUCCAAUUGUAAUAGGAAGUUGAUAGGUGCAAGAUUCUACCUUCCUCUUCCUAAAAAUGCGAGGAAUGAAGAAAUGUCACCAAGGGAUUCCACCGGGCAUGGAACACAUGUGUCGUCCACCGCAGCGGGUGCUGUAGUAGGCGGAGCUUCAGACAAGGGUAUGGGUUUAGGCAAUGGGACUGCGAGAGGUGGUGCACCAUCAGCAAGGAUUGCCAGCUAUAAGGUGUGUUAUAGUGGUGGUGGUUGUUCAACAGCAGCUAUAUUAAAAGCCAUAGAUGAUGCCAUCAGUGAUGGGGUUGACAUACUCUCUAUUUCAAUUUCAUACAAUUCACCCUCUUCCAAUAGCUUCUUGAAUGAUCCAUUUGCCAUUGGUGCUUUUCAUGCUGAGCAAAAUGGUAUCCUCUCGGUUUUUGCAGCCGGUAAUGCCGGCCCGACUCCUUCCACAGUAGGCCACACCGCACCCUGGAUGUUUAGUGUCGCAGCUUCCACCAUUGAUAGAGAUUUCAGGUCCGUGAUUCAUCUUGGAAAUGGCCAAACUGUCAAUGCACUUGGCAUUAAUUAUUCAAAACUAUCACGGUCAUCUAUAUAUCCAUUUAUGCUUGGAAAGGAAGCAGCUAUUACUUCUUCAGUUGUAUCAAUUGCAGAAAAGUGUUACGAUGAAUCUUUGGACAUAAAGAAAAUCAGUGGAAGUAUUGUGGUUUGUGUUGAUGGUGGAAACUCAUCACGUUUAGACUUUGUGGGUUUAGAAAGGAGUAAAGGAGUAAUUAUUUAUACGGAAGUAACUGCGCUUGCUUCUACCAAUACUUUCCCAUCAGUAAUAGUGAACAACAUUCCAGACUAUCACAUUCUUCUAAAUUACUUUUACUCUACAGCGAAUCCAAGAGCAACAAUUUAUCCAACAGUUGAAAUUCCAAAAUUAUAUAAACCUGCACCAAUGGUGGCUAACUUUUCAUCAAGAGGUCCUGGAUAUUUUACAGAAAACAUUCUAAAGCCGGAUAUAAUGGCUCCCGGAGCGGCAAUUUUAGCUGCUGCUAGGGACACAACAAAUUUCAGGUUCGAUUCUGGAACCUCUAUGGCUUGUCCACAUGUAUCUGGGGCUGCUGCUUUCAUCAAGUCUGUUCAUCCUACAUGGACUCCUUCUAUAAUCAAAUCAGCACUUAUGACAACGGCAAGUGCAUACGACAACAGGGGAAAACCAUUAACAAAUGAACUAAACGUUAUGGCAAGUCCACAUGAGGCUGGAUGUGGAGAAUUAAACCAUAUGAAAGCUGUAGACCCAGGGUUUGUAUUCAAUACAACCACACAAGACUAUUUUAAUUUCCUGUGUUACUACGGUUAUACAGAGGCAAUGAUAAAAUCUGUAAUUAAGGGAGUAAACUUACAAUGCCCUAAAAACUCACGUCCAGAACUCAUCACAAACAUUAAUUACCCUUCCAUCUCUAUUGGCAAUCUAAAACGACAGCAAUCAACUCCUACAAUCGUCAAAAGGACUGUAACCAAUGUGGGACCCUCCACCUUAACAUACACUGCUCGAGUCAAUUCUCCCAAAGGCUUAGUUGUAAAAGUUAAUCCUGAUACGAUUGUGUUCAGCAACAGUCUAAACAAGGUUUCUUUUGAGGUGUCGUUUGAUGGCAAAGGGGCUUCUAAUGGAUAUAAUUUUGGAGAUAUUACUUGGUCUGAUGCUCUUAAUCAUUCUGUGCGUCUUGUAUAUGCUGUCAAAGUAGUAUAAUUCUACGUACUUUGCUAAUUAUAUAGUAAUAUAUCUUAAUAAUAAUAAUAAUAAUAAUAAUAAUAAUCACAUGUCAUGAUUCAUGUGUGCAUAUGUUUUUACUUGGCAAACGCUUGUUUUGUCCACUUAAAAUAGUUCUAUUUGAAUUUUGUAGAUCAUUAUCUUCUACAAAGUUUGAAUUUAAUUAUUGUGUAAUAAAAUAUAUUAUUGAAUAAAUAAAGUUUUUCUUUUAUCAUCUCCUUUUUUUUUUAAUUAUUAUACUUAAGAAUUAGUUAUCCCCCUUAUCAUUCAACAACAGAGUCUCUUUGAUUAAGAAACCGUGUAACAUCACAUUCUUUUCCUCCCUUAUGAAAUCUUGAUGUAAGCAAUAAUUGCAUUACUUUGUAGCAAUACUAUAAGUGUAAAGGCUUAGCAUUACUAUGUUUUAUGUUUUUUAUUGUACUUUCUUUUUCUUUUAAAGGAAUUUUUGUUGUGUUAUAGUCUUACAAGACUUUUCCUUUAGUUGUUGUUUUAUCUUAGGUGUCGUUUGUCAUUGUUUUGUGUCAUUAUUGUUGUUGCUUUUACCAAAAACAUUUAUAUAUAGUUCCAGAAAUGCUAAAGGGUAUCAGUGGUGCCUAGCACCUUCCUAUGUGUCAAUAUCGCUAUUAGUCCAAUUAAAUAUCGGGUCUUAUAUAAUUUAAUAUAAUAGCUUUUAGGGAGUAUCGCUAGCCAUUCGCAACGCGAUAUAUCGCAAAGGUGCUAGGCACCACUAGUGCCUAAUAGCAAUGCUGAUAUAGUUUAUAAAUUUUAAAUACCAAUAUUCUUUUCCAAUGAAAUGGUAGCUGAAGUUUAGAUAUUUUGUUUACAAAAAUGCUAUUUCUCUAAAUAUAAUACCGAAAAAAUAUCAACAAAAUUAAAUAUAAUAAAUACACAAACUUUUGCAUUUAAAAAUAAUCAUAAUGCUCACCUUUCGGUUACAUCAAUGUUUAUAUUUAUACUAGAUAGAUGUUACGUGCCAAGUCACGUUUGUUAAUUUUAUUUUAGUUUUUAA